AUGAAGCGAAUUCCCGAAAUUGUGGAAGAACGAGACAAGCUCCCCGGUGGUGCGCGGCGUCCGCCUGGUGAGGCAGUUGAGGUAAGAGGCCAAUGUCAGCAGGGGAUCUUCGCCGCCGCAGGUGGGAGAGAGGAUGGUGGAAAUAUGCUUGCCGGUUUGCAGAUUCUCAGGCAAAUCGUCCUUUGUGAAUCCCAUGUUGACACGGCUCUUGAGGCAGAUGUUGCACGGGUCGAAGAGGUGAGUGUCGAACUUGGAGUCGGAGGCGUCAGUCAGGAAGGCUUGGAGGGGUGA